AUGAAGGUGCCCGGAUUUGAUUCCACAGCAAAUACAAUGGUAUUUUUCUAUCAAAUAAUGACUACGGAUGAGAAUGUUGGAUACCAAGCCUACGUAAAACGAGUCAAUGCCAAAGCAUCAUGUGGAACGUUUUCUGAUACAUUUGAUGGAUCUGAACAAGUGUUCCAAUUUCCAGUGGACGGUAAAGCAAUGGAACUCGAUGUUGAGUGCCAAUACAAAAUUACCAAUGAUAAAGGAUCAAAAAUCGAGGCAAAGAUCAUGCAUAUGAAGCUUGGCAAUGGAAAGCCGUGUUCAACGGAUUAUGUGGCUCUGAGUAGUACUGCAAAUCCGAGUUCCACAAGUGAAUACGUUCAAUGUGGAUCAACUAUACCCAGUGACGAAUUUACAACCACAGGAUCGGAUUUAUACUGGAGUGUCAAAGUGAAAGACUAUGAGAGUCAACCGUAUUUGAGUAUGAUUAUCAAAUCAGGUAAUGCGUUGUGA